GAGAGAAACUGACUGGUUUUCCCCCCUCUCUAGAGACUCGAUCGUAACAGAAGUCGGCUGGGGUUUAGAGAGAGAGAGAGAUUGGUUAGUAUUUAGAGAGAGAGAUUGGUUAGUAUUUAGAGAGAGAGAGUUUUAGAUCAUUGGAGGUCGCAGAGAUUCAUUUUUCAAUCUCUCUCUUCUUCCUUCGCAUUUGUUUAUGUUGGAUCUGGGUUUCAAACCCUCACUGUUGCAUCUCUUUUCUAUGGGACGAUGAUCAUGGACCUGGAUCCUCGGCAAUAUGAGCAUCUGGAUGUCAAUGACAUUGAUGUUCGAAAUGUUGUACUAUCUUAUCUUGUGCAUAAUUGCUUCAAGGGGACUGCAGAGACUUUCAUUGCUUCCACUGGAAUGAAGCAUCCGGCUGAUUAUCCUAUUGAUAUUGAUAGAAGGAAACCCAUUUUUCACUGUGCGAUGGAAGGUGAUGGUCUCAAGGCCAUAGAAUUAACAGAACUGCUAGCCCCCAACUUGCUAGAGGAAACUAGAGACUUGCAUUUUGACCUCUUGAGUCUGCAUUAUGUCGAGCUUGUUCGUUCUAGGAAGUGCACAGAAGCCCUGCAAUUUGCUCAGGCGAACCUGACAUCUUUUGGGAAGAUUGAAAAAUAUGUUGAGAAGUUGGAAGAUCUAUUGGCUUUGCUAGCUUAUGAUGAACCUGAAAAAUCCCCUAUGUUUCAUUUCUUGAGCAAGGAUUACAGGCAGGAAGUUGCGGAAAGCCUAAAUCGAGCGCUACUUGCACAUGCCAAUCUACCCAGCUAUUCAUCCAUGGAGAAACUGUUGAAACAAAUUACUGUGGUCAGACAAUACUUGCACCAAGAAUUAGGAAAGGAGGGCCCUCCCACAUUCUCACUGAAGGAUUUUCUGAAGAACUAAAUGCAUGAAGAAUUUUCAAGGACUGUGAACCAGACCAGCGUGUAUAUCUUUCUUGCCUAAUUAAUUUGUGGCUGGGUUAUCUAUUUCUGGCUUUGUAUGUCUUCUGAUAAAAAAAUAUCCAUUGGUGGGAUAUCAUGGCAUUUCCAGCUUGUUUGUAAAUCUUCUGCUUGGGCAAUAUCAACCUGUAACAUAUAUGUAUUUUGAAGUUUUGUGAUAUCUAUCUGUAAAAUAUUUCAUUCCUUAUUCUGUUCAAUUAUAUGAUUUACUCGCUGUUGGUUUUCUUCUGCA